ACUUGUGCCCAAGGCAGCUCUUCCCUACCAUGAGAGCUGCACCCUUCCUCGUGGCCCAGGCAGCCGGCCUGAGCCUUAGCUUCUUAGUUCUGCUUUCCUUCUGGCCGGACCAAGGUGUGGUGGCCAAGGAGUUGAAGUUUGUGACAUUGUUGUUUCGACAUGGAGACCGAAGUCCCAUUGAAACCUUUCCUAACGACCCCAUUAAAGAAUCCGAAUGGCCACAAGGAUUUGGCCAACUCACGAAGGUGGGAAUGAAGCAACAUUACGAACUUGGAGAAUAUAUGAGGAAAAGAUAUGAAAAAUUCUUGAAUGGGUCUUAUAAACGUGAACAGGUUUAUAUUCGAAGCACAGACAUUGACCGAACUUUGAUGAGUGCCAUGUCAAACCUUGCAGCCCUGUUUCCCCCAGAGGGCAUCAGCGUCUGGAAUCCUAACCUACUCUGGCAGCCCAUCCCAGUGCACACGGUGGCUACUUCUGAAGAUCGAUUGCUGCUCCUGCCUUUCCAGCACUGCCCUCGUUUUCAAGAACUUAAGAAGGAGACUUUGAAAUCAGAGGAAUUCCAGAAGAGGCUUCAUCCUUAUAAGGAUUUUAUAGAAACCUUGCCAAAACUUUCAGGAUACCAGGAUCAGGACCUUUUGGGAAUUUGGAGUACAGUCUAUGACCCUUUAUUCUGUGAGAGAACUCACAACUUCACUUUGCCCUCCUGGGCUACUGAGGAUACCAUGACUAAGCUGAGAGAAUUAUCGGAAUUAUCCAUCCUGUCCCUCUAUGGAAUUUACAAGCAGAAAGAGAAAUCUAGACUCCAGGGGGGUGCCCUGGUCAAUGAAAUACUCAAAAACAUGAAGACUGCAACUCACCCAUCAAACCACAGAAAACUUAUCAUGUAUUCAGCACAUGACACUACUGUGAGUGGCCUACAGAUGGCGCUAGACGUUUACAAUGGACAACUCCCUCCCUAUGCUUCCUGCCACAUCACAGAAUUGUACCUUGACAAGGGGGAGUACUUCGUGGAGAUGUACUAUCGGAAUGAGUCGCGGCAUGAGCCACAUCCCCUCACACUGCCAGGCUGUAGCCACAGCUGUCCUCUGACCAAGUUUGCUGAGCUAGUUGCACCUGUGAUCCCAGGAGACUGGGCUGCGGAGUGUAUGGUUACAACUGACCACCAAGUUCUAAAGGUUGUGCUUGCCGUUGCCUUCUGCCUUGUGACCGGUGUCCUAGUGCUACUGCUGUUUACCCUCAUCCACCACAGGCCCUGCUGGAAGAGAGAACACUCUCAGGACUUCUGAACAGAUGUGUGAAUAAGGACAGACAAGACAGACAAACCUCCUGUGAUACAGCAUCUGUCAGUGACGCCACAUUCAAAGGAAGGGGCUUCACCACGAGGGAUCACCCUGUCCACAUCCUUUCCUUUCAAGCCUCCUUAAGCAGGGACUGAACUCACAGCAACCCAGGAAGAGCAGCUGGACUGACAGAGGCACACCCACAUUACUUAAUAGGUCUCCUUAUUGGGCUAGAAAGUUGCUCUUCUCCAAAAGACAGUUGUAUUCUCUGACACAGAUGUCCAGAGAGAAGUAAGAAGCUAAACUCCAAUCAGCCUUUUUCCUGAGAACAGAAAGGGUUGCAAGAUGGGACCAAGACAAAGAUUACAGAAGACUGGAUAAUGGGGAAAAUUAGACUAGAAGUAGUAUUACAUAGGAUUUUUUUUUUAAAUAAGGCUCAAUCAAAAGUUAUAAAUAAAGCUUUUCUUCAGUUAUUAAGUAGGCUUAAUGCAAACACACACACCCUUGUGAAAAGAAAUCCCUGCCCAGUAUUUGACAGCUAACGGACUUCUAUAUGUGUUCUGUAUACUAACACAUACAUAUACAUAUCUAUAUUUAAAAUACCUCAUAAGAGGUACUUUAGUAUCGCAGUAUCUCAGAGAGAUACGGUAUCUCAGAAAUUGUAAUAUCAACCACUUUAGU